UCGUCCGCCAUGAUGGACGGUCAAAAUCGUUGUAACAUCUCAAAGUUCAAAGUUGAUUUAAACAUUGUUCCUGUGCAAGAAACUCACCAAAAUGUCAUGGAUUAACAUCAAAGGAUUUCGAACUUUAUCGAGGAGAAAAAGUUCCCGUUUUCACGGGCUUUUGAACUCGCAUCAAGCCGUUUUUUCGGCGAGCCUCGUGUUCGUAGGGACUUGUGACGGUUGGGCCAAUGAGUAAGUUGUCGUUUAGGGCUAGGGCGCUGGACGCCUCAAAGCCCAUGCCCAUAUAUUAUAUGGACGAUGUUCCUGAAUUCCAGGAUUUCGCUACUAUCAAUCGGGCUGUUCCCCAAAUGCCCACUGGGAUGGAAAAAGAGGAAGAAUGUGAACAUCAUCUUCAAAGAGCGAUCUCAGCCCAACAAGCUUAUGGCCACACUGGUGAACUGGUCAUACCUACACCUGAAGUUUAUAAUGUUCCGAAACACAUAAAAGACGAACUGUACCCUAUGACUUACAAAAGUUCACGACAACUUAUUCAUGUUCAACCUUUCUCCAUGGACCAAGACAUACCCGAUUAUGACAUGGAUUCAGAAGAUGAGGCAUGGCUAUCUCAACAGACAGAAAGGCUAGAUAUUAGUCCUCUACAGUUUGAAGAGAUAAUGGAUCGUUUAGAAAAAAGCAGUGGUCAGCAGGUUAUUACUCUAAAAGAAGCCAAAUUAUUACUGAAGAAUGAUGAUGACAUCAUUAUUUCUGUGUAUGAUUAUUGGCUCACUAAAAGACUAAGCACACAACAUCCUUUAAUACCUCAAGUCAAAACUGAAAAACGUGAUGGCUCAACAAAUAAUAAUCCUUACGUAGCAUUCAGAAGGCGCACAGAAAAAAUGCAAACUCGGAAGAAUCGCAAAAAUGAUGAAGCUUCUUAUGAAAAGAUGUUAAAAUUACGCAGGGAUCUUAGCAGAGCUGUAACGUUACUGGAGCUAGUUAAACGAAGAGAAAAAAUGAAAAGAGAAAUGCUGCACUUAACAGUGGAAGUAGUUGAGAAAAGGUACCAAACUGGAGACUUCAGUGGCCAGUUGUUAGCGGAAGUGUCUGCCAUUAAGCACCCUAGGCCUAAUCUCAUUCCUGUAAAUAGUAGUCAGGUUGUAAUUAAACAAGAAUCACGGAUAACUAAAAACAAGCCAAUUAAAGGUGCGCCAGCUAAAAAGCGCCAGUACAAGCGAAAGAAACCAGAGAGUAGUGCAACAAAAUCUGCAAUAGCCAAUAGUCAUGUUCUUGAUCUCAACCUAGGAGAUCUUGCCAGUUCUGAAGAUGAUGGCCUAUCACCCAGUCAGUCUGACCAAGAUGAUGACAAUGAUCCUGAUGGACCUUAUGCCUUCAGAAGGAAAAGAAACUGCAAUUAUCAUGAGCCUCGUCUUGAUGCUUUUGGCAACUGGCCAUGGUGUAGUGCUCAAGAAGGAGGUUCUGAAGACAAGAGGUUUAGGUACUGCUUAACAUCUAUACCUACCUCUGAUUCUGAUGACAGGCUAAGGUGCAUAGGUUUUGCUAGGAGAAGAAUAGGUAGAGGAGGGAGGGUUGUGUUUGAUCGAGCAUGGACGCCUCUUGAUGAUCACCUAUCAGAACUAGAUAACAUAACUUCAUCUACACCCAAUGGUUUACCUUCCAACACUGAGCUAGUAAAUGAAAUAAGAAAUGAAUGGAAAUUUUUCCGACCUAAGUCUACCUCGUCUGGUGAUGAUGGUGAUAAUCAAGAUCAGGGCGAUACCUCUUCUGGUGAUUGCAAUAGAAGAAGAAUGGGUAGCUCUACAAGCAGGUCCCUAGCUUGUGAAAAUACUGUAUUAGACUUUGUAAAUAAUUAUAUAAGCCAAGAUGAUGAACUUUUUGAAAUGCAAAGGAAGCAGGUGGAACGGUUAAAAUCUGAUGAAUCACAGUCCGUUAUAGUGCUUGUGACAGAUCAUUCCUAUUCAUCUCUACCCACCUCGCGCUUUAAUAUUGCUUCAACUCCUCAUAAAGUUCCAAUCCAAUAUCAUCCAGUGACAGCUGAGCUGUCUGAAGAAAGCUGUCCGCCAAACACUCAAUGUUCAACUUCCACUUCCACUAAAGUGCAACUCCAGGAUACCUCCAGUAUUACUACUAAUGUAGACAGGGUAGCACUAACAAAUGGGCCAGUUGUUGAUAAAAUAGAUGUUUUUGUCACAGAUAAUGCCCUGGAAAGGCAUCUACCGUCCAUUGAACUUGGAGGUGGAGCUGCUAGCCAUUCUAGUGACAAUAUUCAUGUGAUAAAUUCUAAAGCUUUUAGCACUUCCACUCCACAAACAACAUUGAGGUUCACCAGUCUAGAACAAAAUGGAAAUGAAGCAAAAUUGAAGCAAGAAUUAUUCCUAAACAAAGUGAAAGUGGAAAAGGUUGCAAGUGAAAGCGGCAUGUCGAUGGAUGUGACAUGA